GAGAGCUCACACUCACAGAACAACGCAGGAGAGCGGACGAAAUGGCGGGAGAAAAUGCCGGAGGAGAAAACCGUCCUACUCAGUCGCCAGCUUCAUCAGAUCAAGGCGGUAACCCAAAUUCCAGUCAAUUUAAUGGGAAUCCACCGUCUACACCAGAUUCUCCCACCUCUGCUGGAUUUAACACAGAUCAGCUUCCCUUCAAUAGCCGUACCUCAGAGAAUUACUCUGAUUUCGACGACGAUGAGGCUGCCGUUGAUCCAAAUAUCAUCAGGGAUGAGCUUGAUGAUGGCGACGAGGAUGAAGGGGAAGGUGAAGAUCUUUUCAACGACAAUUACAUAGAUGAUUACCGGAGAAUGGAUGAACAUGAUCAAUACGAGUCGGUUGGGCUGGACGAUUCUCUGGAGGACGAGAGAGAUUUGGAUCAGAUUAUGGCAGAUCGUAGGGCUGCAGAGAUUGAGCUUGAUACCAGGGAGGGUGUUGCGUCAAGGGCAAAGCUCCCCCAUCUUCUCAACGACCAAGAUACCGAUGAUGAUAGCUACAGACCUUCAAAAAGAACUAGAGCUCCUCCUGGUCCACGUGGUGGCGAUGACACUGAUGCAAUGCAAAGUUCUCCUGGCAGAUCACAAAGGAUUAACUCAGGAGAGGAUGUUCCCAUGACUGAUGCGACAGAUGAUGACCAGUAUGAGGAUGAUGAAAACGAUGAAGGUGAGUUUGAGAUGUACCGAGUUCAGGGAACACUUAGGGAAUGGGUUACUAGAGAUGAAGUACGCCGCUUUAUUGCCAAGAAGUUCAAAGAGUUCAUCCUUACUUAUGAGAACCCAAAAAAUGAAAACCAUGAUUUAUUAUAUCUCAACCAGAUAAAUGAGAUGGUGUCAGCCAACAAGUGCAGUCUGGAGAUUGAUUACAAACAGUUUAUCUAUAUCCACCCAAAUAUCGCCAUCUGGCUUGCAGAUGCACCCCAAUCUGUUCUUGAAGUCAUGGAGGAAGUUGCUAAUAAAGUUGUGUUCAGUAUACAUUCAAACUACAAAAGUAUCCACCAGAAAAUCUAUGUCAGGGUAACCAACCUACCUGUUUAUGAUCAAAUUCGCAACAUAAGGCAAAUCCAUUUAAACACAAUGAUCCGUAUAGGAGGAGUUGUGACCCGAAGAUCAGGAGUUUUUCCUCAGUUGCAGCAAGUGAAGUAUGAUUGUAACAAAUGUGGAACAGUUUUAGGGCCUUUUAUCCAAAAUUCAUAUUCAGAAGUGAGAGUUGGGUCAUGCCCAGAAUGCCAAUCAAAGGGUCCAUUCACUGUCAACAUUGAGCAGACUAUAUACAGAAAUUACCAAAAGCUAACCCUUCAAGAAAGCCCUGGAAUUGUUCCAGCUGGCAGAUUGCCAAGACACAAGGAAGUCAUACUUUUGAAUGAUCUGAUUGAUUGUGCUCGCCCUGGAGAAGAGAUUGAAGUCACAGGCAUCUACACAAACAACUUUGACUUGUCUUUAAAUACAAAAAACGGGUUUCCUGUGUUUGCCACAGUUAUUGAAGCGAACCAUGUUACAAAAAAACAAGACCUGUUUUCAGCCUAUAAACUCACUGAAGAAGACAAGCAAGAAAUUCAUAAGUUGGCUAAAGAUCCAAGAAUUGGAGAAAGGAUAGUUAAGUCAAUUGCCCCAUCAAUCUAUGGACAUGAAGACAUAAAGACUGCAAUAGCUCUUGCAAUGUUUGGAGGACAAGAGAAGAAUGUGAAUGGGAAACACAGACUGCGUGGAGACAUAAAUGUUUUGCUGUUGGGUGAUCCUGGAACUGCAAAAUCCCAGUUUCUUAAAUAUGUUGAGAAAACUGGACAAAGGGCAGUUUACACAACUGGAAAAGGAGCUUCUGCUGUAGGACUUACAGCAGCAGUCCACAAGGAUCCAGUCACUAGAGAAUGGACUCUUGAAGGAGGGGCUCUUGUUCUUGCUGAUAAGGGUAUAUGUCUCAUAGAUGAAUUCGACAAAAUGAAUGACCAAGAUAGGGUAAGUAUCCAUGAAGCCAUGGAACAGCAAAGUAUCAGCAUAUCAAAAGCUGGAAUAGUAACUUCUCUUCAAGCUCGUUGCUCUGUGAUUGCUGCUGCUAAUCCAAUUGGAGGAAGAUAUGAUUCCUCAAAAAACUUUUCACAAAAUGUUGAGCUAACAGAUCCCAUUGUCUCAAGAUUCGAUGUUCUCUGUGUUGUAAAGGAUGUGGUUGACCCUGUGAUGGAUGAAAUGCUUGCUAAGUUUGUGGUUGAUAGUCACUUCAAAUCCCAAGCCAAAGGGUCCAACUUGGAUGACAAAUCCAUGAACAAUUCCCAAGAAGACAUUGAUGCCUCUGCCAUGAUGAUGGAUCCUGAGAUACUUCCUCAAGACAUGCUGAAGAAGUACAUCACGUUUGCGAAAUUACACAUCUUCCCAAAACUGCAUGAUGCUGAUUUGGACAAACUUACACAAGUUUAUGCUGAAUUACGAAGAGAAUCAUCGCAUGGACAAGGGGUACCAAUAGCAGUGAGACACAUAGAAUCAAUGAUAAGAAUGUCGGAAGCUCAUGCAAGAAUGCAUUUGAGGUCAAAUGUGAUUCAAGAAGAUGUUGACAUGGCCAUUCGUGUCUUGCUUGACUCAUUCAUUUCCACACAGAAGUUUGGCGUGCAAAAGGCUUUACAGAAGAGCUUUAAGAAGUAUAUGACAUACAAGAAAGAUUUCAAUAGGCUCGUGUUGCUUAAGUUGAAUGAGUUGGUGAAGGAGGCUUUGCACUUUGAAGAGAUUGUUUCUGGGACAAGAAAAAAUGUUGGGUAUAUUGAUGUCAAGGUGGAGGAGUUGCAAAGCAAGGUUUCGGAUCUUGGAAUUACGGAUUUGAAACCGUUUUUUACGAGUGCAGAUUUUCUUAAAGGCAACUUUCAAUUGGAUGAAGAACGUGGUCUGAUAAGGCAUCAUAUGACCUUGUAGGAAUUAAGAUACGAGGAACUGUUUUUUUUUUUUUUAAGCAUGUGGUUUCUUUGUGUUUCAAGUAUUUAAUUUAACUUAUGACCGACUAUUCAAUGAUAGAUGAUACACUUUUGCUAA